GACUCUGGGGAGGGAGGGACAUGUUGGACAGAAGAUGUGACUCUGGAAACAGGACUGAGGCUGGGGAGACCGGAGUCUGGCUUCGUCUUCCAUAAUUACCAGCACCUCACAUCUGUGUUCUGAGCAGGGCCUUUGAGACCACGCAGAGGGAAAGGCGAGAACCUGAGGCCUUCAUUUGUGUAUCUGUGAAGUCCGAGUCUUUCCAUCCCUCCUGAAGAGUUGUCAGACUCCUGUGCUUUGGACUCCGAGGUGCCCAGCAGGAAAGAUGGCCCAGCACACAGUGACUGUGAAUGGAGUCAAAGUGGCCUCCACACCCCCCCAGUCCACUCACGUCAGCAUCCACAUCCACCAAAACUCAGCUUUGGAGCAGCUGCUGGAAGCUAUGGGUUCCCUGAAGACCGUUCUCUCCUGCCCCCAGGCCACUGGGCCCUCCAAGGCCAGAAUCCACUAUGGGCAGCUGUCUCUAGGGGUGACCCAGAUAUUGCUGGGGCUUGUGAGCUGUGUUCUUGGAGUGUGUCUCUACUUCGGGCCUUGGUCUGAGCUGUGUGCCUCUGGCUGCGCCUUCUGGUCAGGGUCUGUGGCAAUUGUAGCUGGAGUCGGGACCGCUGUCCAUGAGAAGCGGCAAGGAAAACUGUCCGGCCACAUAUCGCGUCUGCUCCUCCUGGCUUGCAUUGCUACAGCUGUAGCUGCUACCGUUCUGGGUGUGAACAGCUUAAUCGGGCAAACCAGUGUUUUCUACCACAUGGAGAUCAGUUCCACAUGCGACUCCUGGCAAGCGAGCAUGGACAGUGGGUAUGAGUCGUCGCGAUAUACUGACUGGACGACAGAGAAGUGCAGAGAGUACAUGAACAUGAUGAUGAACUUGUUCCUAGCGUUCUGCAUCCUGUUCACGGUUAUCUGUAUCCUGGAGAUCGUCGUGUCUGUGGCUUCCCUGGGACUAAAUCUCCGAAGUAUGUGUGGCCGGAGCUCCCCGGCCCUGAAUGACGAAGAGACAGAGAAGAAGCUUCUGGGCGGGGAUUCGGCGCCCGCCUCCCCGACCAAAGAGAAGAUCCCUGUUAUCCUGUGAGCUGCUGAAACCCACCUGCGACCCUGUCCGGAGUAACGCAGGGAGGAAGCCACUGUUCCCAGGGCCUCUUCUGGCUCUGCAGCGCACACCUACUUCUGAUGUAGCCACUAUCCAGCCCGCUUGCUCUUCCCCUCUCCCAGUCCUCACGACAAUGUCCUUUCUUCCAUGAAUAGAUAUUAUGUCAUUUUCUCCAAUGCUGAUAAAGCAGAAACAACCAGAAAAAAAAAACCACCCUUUGACGGAAAGGUGUGGGCUCUUCACUGAUACAGACAAUGAGUUGGGAAAGGCUGUUCCUUCAGGUACAGAAGGUGGGGUGGGCAGAAGAGUGGCGGUGGAGCCAGUUGGCUGCCUCUGGUCUCAUUCUCGCCCUUCUUCAGGGUUUGCCUCCCUUCUACUAUAUAAAGUGAGCAUAAUCCAAAAGCCUGGAA